GACCCUAUGGACGGGAUCCUUCAUCCUUCCAUGAUGCACCAUACGACACAUGCCUCUCGACGAUUUGAUGAAUACUAUCGAUGUUAUCCCGUAGCGAUGCUUCCAGGCCCGGAACGUGAGAACGUGAACCAUGGAGGCAAGGUGAUCAUGCCGCCUAGCGCUUUGGAUAAGCUCACUCGAUUGCAUAUUACCUACCCUAUGCUUUUUGAGCUUCAUAACGGGGCUAAACAACGGAUGACCCACGCCGGUGUACUGGAAUUUAUUGCAGAGGAGGGCAAAAUAUACCUACCGUUUUGGAUUAUGCAAACGCUUCUGCUAGAACCUGGAGAUUUGGUACAGAUAAAAUCGACUGAUCUUCCCCCAGGCUCUAGAAUAAAACUCCAGGCCCAGUCAACAUCAUUCCUUGACAUCAGUGAUCCUAAAGCCGUGCUCGAGAACGCCUUUCGAAAUUUUUCCUGCCUAACUAAAGGCGAUGUCUUUACAUUUUCUUACAAUGAUCAGAUAUAUGAGAUGGCUGUACUGGAGACAAAGCCAGAGACAAGCCAAAACGCUCUGUCUGUACUAGAGACUGAUUUAGAGGUCGACUUUGCGCCCCCAGUGGGAUACGAAGAACCGAAGCGAGUAAGCGGGGCCAGUACUCCAUCAAGUAGUGUUGUCAGUGGUUCGUUACCUUCUGGAGGAACUCUUCAUUCUCACGGGACAAUGGCGCAGUCGAUCAAUUAUGCAGCGAUAGCCCCAGGGUCGAAUGAUGCCGUGAGAGCAGCCAAUGCAGCAUCGUCUAAUUUUCACGGUAGCGGCCAACGACUCAACAUGAAGAAGGGAAGUAAAUCAUCUACCCCUAAGUCUACAACCCCUGCAUCUGGAAAAUCCAGCAACCCACCGCCUGCACCCCCUACGCGAAGAUCAAACGGCCCGCAGCCACUAAGGCUACCGCCGGGGAAAUUAUUCUUUGGGUAUGCAAUCACCCCGGUCAAGAAGAAAGAAUCCAGCGAUGCAUCCGCUGAAACGGAAGCACAGCCUAAAUUCUUGGGCACCGGCCAGACUUUACGGGGGAAGAAGAAAGGGUCAGGGCUUGCUGAACCGUCCGCUCCAGCCUCUGGCAGUGACACAGAAAAGAAGGAUAAAGGCCGAACAUUGGGAGGAAGAUCAAAUCGCCCGAAGUAA